GCAAUAUUAUUAAUAAAACAAUUUUUUAUUGAAUUCAUUGGAUUUAAUUCUUGAGCAUGCGCCGAAUCACCACAACAAAUAACGGCUUGGUUUUGAAUAAGUUUUAAGCCUAAUUUUAAAAUUAUCGUUUAAUUUUCUUUAUUAUUAAUAUGUCUUCGGCUCAAUGUAAUAAAUCAGCAAUAACCUUAAAGGGUUCAUCAGAAAUUGUGUGUGAAUACCUAGAUUUUGGUAUUAACUCGAUAUUAUUUCAACGUGGGAUAUAUCCGCCCGAAUCCUUUAAAACCGCCGAAAACUAUGGAUUAACUAUUUUGAUGUCGCAAGAUAAAGAAAUUAAAGAGUUUUUAUCCGUAACGUUAAGUCAACUAAAAGAUUGGUUGACUCAAAAGGUUGUUAAUAAAGUGGCUUUAAUAAUAACAAAUGUGGCUUCUUUGGAAGUGAUGGAACGAUGGGAUUUUAAUAUUGAAUAUGAUGGAGAUCAAUCUCAAGGGGAUAAGCAGGUGUCGGAUAAGCCGUUAAAACAAAUUCGAAAUGAAAUAAGGGAUGUUUUAAAGCAAGUUGCUUCAUCUGUAGCUUAUCUUCCACUAUUAGAUUGCUUGUGCAGUUUUGAUAUUCAAAUUUAUACUAAAGAUGAUGUUAAUUUACCUCAGGAGUGGGCUGAAACUGAGGCUGCUAAUAUUAAAAACGCUCAAUGUGUUAAAAUGAGAUCGUUUUCUACAAAUAUUCAUAAGGUUAAUACUAUGGUUACAUAUAAGAAUGAAGACUGAAUCUUUUUUGAUGUUAAAAUUAAAUUUAUUAUUUCUCUAAUGUA